GCUGACAUGCUGUUCCCUCUUAACUCCCCCCGCGCGCUUUCCGUGCAUCGCAAGCGAGGCGACCGGCGAGCCCGACCCAACCUACCCCCGAUGCCCAGCCGCGAACCCGACCCGACCGGCCGCGGCCGCCCAGCAGAGGCGAGCGCGCCGCUGGUCCUGGUCUAGCCGCUGCGUUCACAUGCCGGCGAGCGGCGCGGCGGGCAUCUUCCACUCCCCACUCCCACCCGCCACCCCCGGGGGCCGGGCCGGGGCGCGCAAUAGAAAACGCCGUCCCAACCGCAGCCGCAGCGGACACGGUCAGCUGCUGCCUACCAACGCGGCGAGCGAGUUGGUACCAGGGUAGCGCCCGCGCGGGAUAUAUCAUAUCCAAAGCUUCGGAGAAGCUUAGCUUAGCAGGCUGCUCUCGCUCGCUCCCUCGCCGGUUGACUUGUUUGGUGCUUUCGAUCCUGCCGGGCCUUCUUGUCCCGCGGUUUGGUGCCUGAUUGCUCGGCCUCAACUGACUCGUCGCCUCACCGGCCGAUCGUCGCCGUCUAUAUAGGUGGUUGGUGCGUGCGGCUCGGGCCGGGCGGCUGGAGGGAGAGGCGGCUGUCGUCCGGUUCCCUCGUCGUGGAUGAGUGCGGCUGCAUUGGCGGCGACCGAGGGAGCGGGAGCGGGAGGAGGAAGGGCGAGAUGGCGGUGGCCGCGGUGAUGAGGCGGGCGGGCGGCCGGUUUCGCGCGCGGGAGGCCCAGACCGGCGACGCCAAUGGGUACUUCUUCGGUGCCGGCGGCGGUGGAUUUUCGCACGUUCUGGAGGAGGCGCCGGCGCCGGCGGUGGACGCUCCGGCGACGGCGGGGAGGGAGGCGCCCCCGGCCGCCGCGGCGGUGGCGGCGAGGAUCACGCCCGCGGUGCUCUUCGUCACGGUGGUGCUCGCCGUGGUGCUGCUCGUCUCGGGCCUGCUCCACGUCCUGCGCAGGCUCUUCCUCAAGACCCACCACGCCAGCGCGGGGGGCGGGGAGCGCCAGCUGCAGAACCUCUUCUUCCCGGGCCACGAGGACGGCGCCGGCUCCGGCGGCGGCGGGCUCGACCAGGCCGCCAUCGACGCGAUGCCGGAGUUCGCGUACGGCGAGCUCUCCGGCGCCGCCCCCGCCGCCACCAGGAAGGGGAAGGAGAAGGCGGCCCGGCCGUUCGACUGCGCCGUCUGCCUCUGCGAGUUCGCCGACCAUGACCGCCUCCGCCUGCUCCCGGCCUGCGGCCACGCGUUCCACGUCGCCUGCAUCGACGUCUGGCUCCGCUCCAGCGCCACCUGCCCGCUCUGCCGCACCAAGCUCACGGCGCGCCACCUCGCCGCCGCCGCCAAGGCGGACGCGCCGUCCGUCGGGCCGGACGUCGAGGAGCAGAAGCAGCAGCAGCAGGAGGAGGAUCAGGUGCCAGACUCGGCCGCCGCGAGCAGCGUCGUGCUCCCCGUCAGGCUCGGCCGGUUCACGAACGCCGACGGCGACGCCGAGGCGAGCACCAGCAACAGCAGCCGCAUCGACGGGAGGAGGUGCUACUCCAUGGGCUCCUACCAGUACGUGCUCGCCGACGAGCACCUCCUGGUCUCCGUCCACAUGAGGCACGGCAAUGCCGGCGGCGCGGGCACCACAUCGAGCGGCGGCGGCGGCGACCAGCAGCAGGGCAAGAAGGUGUUCGCGCGCGGUGACAGCUUCUCCGUGUCCAAGAUCUGGCAGUGGCGCGGCAGCAAGCGUCUCCCCGCCAGCCUCUGCGCCGACGACGGCCUGCCGUGGGCGCCGGCGGCGAAGGACCCGGCGGGCGCACACACGAGGCAACAACAUGGCGACACUUGAUCGCAGACAAUCUGUCGACACACACACAUACACGCAUGCAUGUCAUGUUGGUUAGCGUUUCUUGGUAGAACUUUGGCGGUAAAAUCGUUCCACGAGCAACCAUGCGAACAAAAAUACAAAAAGAACGUCCUUCUGGUGAGAUCUUGCUUUUUGGCUCUUUUUGUACAAUAUGAUGACAUAAAAAAACACAACUGACAUUAGUUUCCAGGUUUCUGCUCCACACAUCAAAAAAGCCUAGAACUUUUGUACUUUUACCGAAAUAUCCUCGCGUUUACUCUUCCCGGGCUUGUUUGUACUGUGCAGAAAAAAAAGAUGGCAGUUCAGUUCCGGUCAGAUUACUGUCCACUGCCCCCACUGUAAUUGUUGCUUGACA